UAUUAUUUCCUUUUGUGGGUGCACAAGCGUGUUUUGUUAUUUCCUCCUUUCCUCUUUCAAUUUCCGCAUUUGGAAACUGUUCUUUUUCCUCUUUCUCACGCAGUUGCACUAUAGCUAUCAGCCUAUCACCUCUUUCCUUUCCUUCAUCCACAAUUCUUACCAUCUCGACUACCUCACAUUUAUUCAAUUUCUUCCCCAAGAAUACCAAACCAAUACUCUUUCUUCUUCGAUUGGAUCCAAAUUUUCCAGUUAUUGAAAUAUGCUGUCAAAGCUCGAUUUUUUGUUUCUUUGUCAUAAUUUUGCUGCAAAAUAGGAAUGAUUUAAUAGUCAGAAAUCAGAGAAGAAUAAUGUGGGGGGCUGUCCAAUUGGGAAUAUUGGCAGCCUUUCUUGUACUCUUUGUCCCUAUAGGUAUGGCAGGUUGGCACUUGAGCCGUAACAAAAUGUUAUUUUUCAGUUGUGCCCUCUUUAUUACCCUUGCUGUUUGUGUUCAUUUGACCCCUUAUUUCCCUUUAGUCUCCUCUAUGCUUUAUUCACCAGGUUCAGUACCCUCAUCAUCAUCAUCAUCAUCAAUUGUAAGUGUUGAUUCUUGCAUUUCUUUACUUCACCAAGUAUCAUUUGAUUUUCAAGAAUUGAAUAAUAAUAAUGAGAAUACUAGUGUGGAAAAUACCAAUUCUUGGAAGUGGGUUGGCUCUGAACCUGUUGUUCAAUGUGAUUUCCAGAAGUUGACCAAGUCUGAUACUUCAGAUUUGCUUAAUGGGUCAUGGGUUGUUGUUGCUGGGGAUUCACAAGCAAGGUUAUUUGUAGUUUCUUUGUUGGAGCUGUUAUUGGGGGAAAAUGAAAUGGAGGUGAUUAGAGGGGAUUUGUUCAAGAGGCAUAGUGAUUAUAACGCGUUUAUUGAUGAGAUUGGGAUGAAGUUGGAAUUUAUUUGGGCACCUUAUGUGAGUAACUUGACUGAUUUGGUUGUGGGAUUUGAAGAAAAACAUAGUUAUCCUGAUGUAUUUGUGAUUGGGGUAGGGCUAUGGGAUAUGUUACAUGUAAAUAAUGCAACUGAUUAUGGUGUUUCCCUAAAGUUGUUGCGGGAUUUGGUUGUAUUGCUGUUACCAGUACCUUCAGAUUUUGAUAAUGAUGGAGCUGGCACGAAUUUAGUUUCGAUUCGGUCACCCAACUUCUUUUGGCUGGGAAUGCCAAAGCUGAUAAACUCGAUGUUGAAUACAGAUGAGAAGCGAGAGAAUAUGACUGAUGUGAUGUGGCAAGCUUAUACGGAUGAGCUUUAUGGCAGUAAGCUGCUGCGACAAUCUGGUGGGUCCCUUUUGUUGCUGGACAUUCAUGCGUUGAGUAAUAGUUGUGGAGCUCGUUGUACUACUGAUGGAAUGCAUUAUCACGGCAUUGUAUAUGAAGCUGCAGUUCAUGUAAUGCUAAAUGGAUUGCUUAUAGAAUCUAAUCAGAAGCUGUAAUGGAGCUAAGAACAGGAUAAUAGGAUUAGUUUUGUAAUUGCUAGAGCUUUUUUUUAUUUCAUGGGAUUCUUUUCCUGGUGCUACACUCGGCAACUGAAGAUCAGUAGCGAGAAGUUUUUGAUGGUAGUUCAUACUGAGGUCUCAGGAAAACUACAAAAGGAAAAUGGCAACCUGGAGCUUUGGGUGUUAUGAUGAACGAAAAAUAAUGUUAUAUGCUAUUUAACAGGUUGUAUAUAUUUAUAACCUUGUGGCUUUGAUACAUUACCUAAAGUUGAUAGGAACAAGGCAGAGCAUUUUGAUCAUUUGACAAAACAUCUAAAAUAUCAGG